AUGGAUCAAAACCACUGGAUAUAAAAGUCUUCGGUUUAAGAAUUCGGAAUUGACAAAAGUGUUUAGUAACAACAACUUUAGGGAUAACCACCAGCUUCUUUGAUUCGAAGAGUGUCCAAACGUAAUAUUGCAAUCAGACCCACUCAGGAGAGUGGAGUAGCUCAGAUAUUUGAAACAUUUCAUCCCGAACAAAAAACCUAAAGUCUUGACGAUAUCAAAUUUAUCAUUAAAUGCUUUUAAAGCCAUUUCGUAUUUAGCUCCAUGACUGAUACAUAAUUGUAAAAUAUUAUGUUAACCCUAGAACACAAUUGGCGCACAGUAUGUUCUAUUGCAAAUUGCAAGUAGGAGAAAACAUCAUCAAAUAAGGAGAUGGAGCAAGCUCAUUCUUCAUUCUCGAAAAGGGAAAAAUAAAUGUCUUGGUGGAUAAUGUACCACGUAAAGAAUUAACAUCCGGAUUUGGGUUUGGUGAAUUGGCAUUGUUAUAUAAUGCUCCUCGUUCUGCUACAUGUAUGGCUGUGGAAGAAUGCUUUCUAUGGGGAAUCGACAGACAUACCUUUAGAAAGAGUGUAGAAACUAUUAUGAGAAGUGAAUAAGAGAAAAAUCGAAAAUAUUUAGAGAGUGUUAAAUUUUUUAGUAAUUAUAUCAAAUACAUAAAUAAAUAGAUUAAUUAACAAGAGAGUAGAAAGAUGCCGUGGCAGGUGUACUUAUAUCCCAGAAAUUUAAUUAAGGAGAAGUCAUAGUAAAUGAAGGAGAUCAGGCAAGCUCAUUUUACAUCAUUGUGGAAGGCUAAUGCGGUGUUUUUAAUAAGGAUGGCUAAUAAAUUGCAGUUUUGAAUCCCAGUGAUUCUUUUGGAGAGUCAGCACUCAAACAUGAGAAUUAGGUGAGAAUGAUGACCAUUAAAGCUAUUCAAAAAGAUACAAAAGUGUUGGCUUUAGGAAAAGAUAUGAUCUAAUAAAUCUUAGGCGAUCAAGUGCAAUCUAUCAUAUACAAAAAUAUAUGCAAAUGGGCUUUGAAUUCAUCUAAGUUAUUCAGCAAAACUCAAUCCACAUACCAAGAUAAAUUGCUAGAAGGAGUGUAAAUUAAGAAAUUAGCUGCGAAUUCUAAAGUAAUUACAAAGGGAGAAAAAGUUGGACAACUAGUCAUCCUUCUUGAUGUUGAUGCACUAGAUGAGAACAAAGCCAAGGCUCUCAAGGGAUCAAUCCUAGUCGAAGAUACUUUACAGGAUAAACUCUAAGGCACUUCUCAUGUGAAAACAUACACAGUAGAAGGGGAAGGACAUGUUGCCAUUAUAGAUUAUGAAUCAUUCAGAAAUGCUCAAGGCAGUGUUGAGAAGAUUUAGUAAGGCAAGGCUUAGUAAUCUGAAAAAGCAAAUGCAUUUGAAGAAUAGAUCAAAAGUCAAUCAUUCAAGAAUUUAAUAUAUCUUAAUAAAUUAGGGUCUGGUUAGUUCGGUUCUGUUUAUUUAUGCAAAUUUAAGGACUUGGAGACUUUGUUUGCUCUCAAAUAUGUUACAAGAGCACAUGUAUAAUAAUUUGGAAUCCAAAAACACAUUUAAUAAGAAAAGGCUGUCUUGGAAUUGAUGGAUCACCCAUUCAUUCUUAAGUUUUACAGACCCUAUAAAGACAAUGAAAAUAUUUAUUUCUUGACUGAGUACAUUCCAGGAAUGGAAUUGUUCGAUGCCAUCAGAGUUAUUGGUAAUGUUAUUCAAAUUAUUAUAAUAUAGGAUUAUUGAGUAAGUAUGAUGCGCAAUUCUAUGCUGCACAAAUGUUGUUGUAAAUGGAAUACUUACAUACAUAACACAGCAUUGUUUAUAGAGACAUUAAACCAGAAAAUAUUAUGGUUGAUGAUAAGGGAUUCCUGAAGUUAAUUGACAUGGGUACAGCUAAGUCAUUUAAAAAUCAAUGUAAACAAUAACAUUCAUCACUAUAUUUUAGAAUCGUCAAAGACUUUCACAAUCAUAGGAACACCUCAUUAUAUGGCACCAGAAGUCAUCUCAGGAAAAGGUUAUGGUUACUUUGCAGAUUUAUGGAGUGUGGGAGUUUGCGUUUAUGAAUUUAUAUGUGGUGGGUUGCCUUUUGGAGAAGAAGCGGAAGAUCCCUUUGAAAUCUACAAGGAAAUCAUUAAAAAGCCAAUCAGCUAUCCUCAUUUUAUGUCCGAUAAAUCUGCAAAGCCCUUCAUAGAGUAAUUGAUGAAUAAGAUCCCUGAAGUUAGGUUGGGAGGUUCUUACACUACUUUGAAAUCUCAUACUUGGUUCAAAGAUUUUGAUUGGGUAAAUAUUACUCUUAUUUCUAGGAAAAAUUAUUGGUCAAAUAACUAAAAGCUCCCUUAUUGCCUGGAAAGGAUAAAAUUAUGACUCCAGCAUAGAUUCAAAGUGCCUAAUAGCGUGGAAUCUCAGUUCAUGACUAAAUUUAAAAAGAUACACAGGGAUAAAAGAAAGUACUGGCAAGUGCUAAAGACGCUGAGUGGGAUAGUGCAUUUUGA